UUUGUGUAUCACUUAGACUAUGUCUUAUGUCAAGAGAAGGUGACAAACAAAUCCGUUCGAAACAACCAAAUCUAAAUGUAGAGAAGAAAAAAAGAUACAUUCCAGUCGCUUCUGUGAUUGUCGUCGGAGUCAGAAUCCCAAUUCAGCGAGGAUUGUCGUAAUUUUUCAUUUUCCAAACUACGUCCGCAGUAGCAGAAGGUUGUGCGUUCGAAAUCGUUACGUACACAUAAACGAUCGGUAAUACUCGUGAGGAGGCGGCGGCGGCGUUCUUAAAAGUGCGUUCAGUAUUAUAAAUAAAAGCAUCUGACAUGUCGCUGAAUGUGUUUUGUUGAUUUAGUGAUUCAGAAACAGAAAGCUUUAAAAUAACCGUCGUGCAUAAAUUUUUGAAGCUCGUGCAGUGUAAAAGAAUGCAAAUAUGGAUUUGAAAGCUUUUCGUGACACAGUCGCUCCAACGCCAAAAACUCUUGAUGCUGUAGCACCUAGACGGCCACGAACCACGGUUACGACAGCGGGAGUCAGGCGGCGAGUUCUUAAGAAACACAUCCAACAGAAGUACCUGCUAUGUGGGUUCGCAAUACAUGCUUUCCUGGCAACACCCGCAUACCUCUAUGGCAACAUCGUUGAAACGGACAAGGAGUGGGUCAUUCGAAUAUGGCCGGCAAUCAUUUAUCAGGCCAUCAUACAAAUCUGCCGUUCGAUCUUGGAACACCUGACAGAAGAAUACCGGGGAAGGGAGGAUGAAACAAUAGCAUAUCGUCGCGUAUUUUUGAUAGCAACUGUCAUCAUAUGCGUUUCGUUGUUGAUUUGUGGAUGUCUCUUCUCCUCGGCAUGGCUCACUGUCACAACAACAACACAAGUGAUAGCAAUUGUUUGCUAUGGGGUUUUCGCAGGUAUCGGUUCAGCUUUGUUUACAUGGAAAACACAUGUUAUCCUCGAAGCCGUUCGACCACGGGAAGACAAAUAUGUGUGUAAAACAAUUCACCUGUGUGGUGAAGCCUUCUGUCAGCUUUUCCUCUCGUUCGUCUUUACCAGCUUACGAACGUUAUAUGGAACCUCCCAGUCCGUAGUUUUGAUGGCUGCAAUGUUUGUCAAUUUGAUACCAAUAAGUCUUCUAAUAACCCGUCAUCGUGAAGGAGCCAUCACCAAGAGAAUCUCGCUAAUCAAAACCGACUCACGUUUCGAAAGUUUUCAACCACUCAAUCCACUGGGCAAACUAUCAUCUCAUCUAAUGGCUGACCAAAUGGAUGGUAUCGAUAUGCAACAACGCCCCUGGAAGAAUCCAACUGACUCAGAGGUACAUUGUAACUAUAUGCUGACACACGAAGAAGCCUAUGUGACGUUCCUGAAUCCCCAUGGAGUGGAAAUUAUGGAAAUAAUUCCCGAAGAAGAUGAUGAAAAUAUCUCUGUCAUACGUUCAAGUUCUGCUACGAUAAACAAUUACGGUCGCAUAAGUCUGACAGCUUCACAGAAUAUCAAGUGUUCAUCGGUACAACAGAGUACAACUAAUUUGGACAAAAUUCAAGAAUUUUCCAAGACCAUAACUAUCACCUUGUGGGACAAUUUUUUGGAAACAAUGGUUCGUCCAUUGAGGAAGGCUAUUUUUAUGCCGAAACUAUAUUCUACAACACUUCUUUUGUCAACUGACAUUUUCUCAUAUGUCAUGUGUCUAACGGUACUGCCAGGAUUGGCUGCCAAUUUGCAUGCAAUCAAGAGUGCAGAAAUUCCAUUUUUGUUUUCGCUUCUGGCAUUCCCUUGGAUGUGCUUUUCGUUGAUGACUCCACGUUUUGGGAACGCCCUAACAAAACAAAAGGUCGAAUGGCAUACUUUAGGAUGUAUCUGCAAGGGACUUGCUUUGUUAUUUAUAAGCGUUUCGUCAUCAAAGCUUCUAUUGAGUGUUUCUUCAGUGUUGCUUGGUUUCGGACAAGCUGUCACAAUGUUCCUGCAGGACUUAGUUCUACAAAUAAGUAUGCCUCGAGCACAAUGGAGCAUAAUACGUUAUCCGGUACAUUUUACAAACGGACUACUUAUACUUCUAUGGGGUGUUGGAGCUCAUUUUGUUGUUGAUAAUUAUACAUUCCAGGCGAGUGUUGGUUAUUCCGCAGCCUUAUAUAAUUUUAGUAUACUUUUGUGGCAUUUAAUUUUUGUAUUUUGUAAAGAAUAACAAAUUAAAAAUAAAAUGAAAGCUGUAAAGAA